AUGAAGAGACAAUCGGGAGAGAAGGAGAAGAAAAGUGUCGACACGGCUCACAUUAGGGGCAUAGGGGAUGUGCAACGAAAUUCUAUGUUCGGAAAAUAUUCUGAGGCAGAAAUUGUAUCUAAGCUAAAAGCAAUUGCAGUCGAUCCCAGUAAUCCACAGUUUGCGCGCGAUAAUAUUCAGGCUUUCCGAAAUCAGAUUGUGAAGUUUCGAAAAGUGAUGGUUCUGAAAGAUUCUGAAAUUCCUUGGAGAAAGCGCAAACUCGAGCAGUUCGUAAAAGAUAAGCUGAGACCUCCUUCUCCCUUUGUUUCCCCAAGCAAAGAGAACAAUACGAGGAAAAUGAGCAGGAAACAGUCUUCCCAUGCUUCACCAACUUCUUCGUGUUUGCUUAAUUCAUCUGACUCCACUCGAUGCCUGCAUGAGAAAACUACCUUCGACCCUCAUGCUUCCACCAGUUUACUGACAUUCGAAUAUUCACUCCUAGACGAUGCACUUGAUUUUAACUGCCUUUGCAGCAAUAAUAACACACCUCCUAAUGUAGAUUCCGAUGAUUCUGUAAAAGGCCCGAACCUGAACCAUGUGAGCCCAGUAGAAUCAUUUCCUAACGAGAUUCAUUGUCUGUCACAUGGGGCCCGCAGAAAGCCUUCCCGCCAGUCAAAGUGGUUACUGAAUAUCGUAAGCGAUCAGUUCCAGAAAAAAGUUGUUCCUAUUGGGCCCCGUUUCCAGGCCGACGUCCCUAAAUGGGCUGGGCCUGCAGAAAAGCCCGAUGAUGAUUCCAAAUGGUUGGGAACUCAGGUCUGGCCUGCUCAAACCCGUGGCAACAACAACAACAACAAAGGAGCUGGAAAAGCAAUAGGAAAGGGACGGCCUGACUCGUGUUCGUGCGUUUCUCCCGGUUCGUCUGAUUGCGUUAGGCAGCAUGUGCUCGAUGAGAAGCUGGCUCUUCAGCAUGAGUUGGGUCUCGCCUUUUCUAUAUGGAAAUUUGACAAGAUGGGCGAACAGGUUUCUGAGUCGUGGUCGUUGAAGGAGAAAAACCGUUACGGGUCUCUGUUGAAAAUGAUGCAGAAUUCCGAUGGGAAGAGCUUCUUGAAACGAGCGCUAAAGUGUUUUCCCAAUAAAACCGGGAAAGACAUUGUGAAUUACUACUUCAACGUCUACAUUCCGAACCGCAUGGCCGCCGGGUCGGAAUCGACGAGACGAGUCGAUACGGAUGAUGAUGAGGAUGAGGAUUUUAAUUACUUGGGAGUGAAGAAAAAGAGCCCCGUCAAAAAAUCCAAUUCGAAGGAUGUUAAGGGUAAGUACUUGCGCCGUUUACCUUAG